AUGGCUGAAUUUAACAAAAUCCUGGUUGCCAAUCGCGGCGAAAUUGCCAUUCGCGUCAUGCGUGCUGCUAACGAGCUAGGCAAAAAAACCGUGGCGGUCUAUGCCCAGGAAGACAAGCUGGGGCUGCAUCGUUUUAAGGCAGAUCAGGCCUACCGAAUUGGUGAGGGUCUUGGCCCCGUAGCGGCUUACCUCAGUAUCGAAGAGAUUAUCCGGGUGGCCACGCACAGCGGCGCAGACGCUAUUCACCCAGGCUAUGGACUGCUCUCUGAAAAUCCGGAUCUGGUGGACGCCUGCGACAACGCCGGCAUCACCUUUAUUGGUCCCAAAGCUAAAACCAUGCGCCAGCUCGGCGACAAAGCGUCAGCCCGAAAAGUUGCCAUUGCUGCUGGCGUGCCGGUGGUUCCAGCCAGCGAAAUUCUGCCGGACGACCCGGAACAGAUUCGCCAGAUGGCCGAAGCCGUAGGCUAUCCGCUGAUGCUCAAGGCGAGCUGGGGUGGCGGCGGCCGUGGCAUGCGUUCCAUACAGUCGGCUGACGAACUACAGGAAAAGGUCCUUGAAGGCCGGCGGGAGGCAGAAGCGGCUUUUGGCAAUGGCCAGGGCUAUGUGGAACGCCUGAUUCAGCGCGCCCGCCACGUCGAAGUGCAGAUACUUGGCGACAGCCACGGCGAAAUCUACCAUUUGUGGGAACGCGACUGCUCUAUUCAGCGACGCAAUCAGAAGGUGGUGGAACGCGCCCCAGCGCCCUAUCUGACCCACGGUCAGCGCGAACAUAUCUGCAGUCUGGGCCGGCAAAUUUGUGCCCACGUUGGUUACGAGUGUGCUGGAACCGUCGAGUUCUUGAUGGACAUGGACACCGAUGAAUUUUUCUUCAUUGAGGUCAACCCCCGGGUCCAGGUCGAGCACACGGUAACCGAAGAGAUCACCGGCAUUGAUAUCGUCAGCGCGCAAAUCCGCAUCGCUGAAGGCGCAACGCUGGCUGAAGCGACGGGCGCCAAAACCCAGGAAGAGGUGAAACUGAACGGUCACGCCAUGCAGUGUCGUAUCACCACCGAGGACCCGCAAAACAAUUUUAUUCCAGACUAUGGCCGAUUGCUGGCCUAUCGCGCCGCAACCGGCAUGGGCAUACGUCUGGAUGGCGGAACCGCUUACAACGGCGCGGUGAUUACCCGUUACUACGACUCACUGCUGGAAAAAGUGACGGCAUGGGCACCCACUCAGGAAGCGGUCAUUGCCAGAAUGGAUCGGGCGCUGCGGGAGUUUCGUAUUCGUGGCGUCUCCACCAAUAUCGCGUUUGUUGAAAACCUUUUGCGCCAUCCAACCUUUCUCGAUAAGACGUACACCACGCGCUUUAUCGAUGAAACCAAGGAGCUGUUCAACUUUCCCAAACGCCGCGACCGCGCCACCAAAAUACUGACCUACAUCGCAGACAUCAGCGUCAACGGUCACCCCGAGACAGCCGGCCGGACGCUGCCGGGCGACCGAGCGACGGUAAAAAUGCCCUGUAUUCCGGCCAACCAACACAGUUCCACGGCAGGAACGCGACAGUUGUUGGACGAAAAGGGACCACAGGCGGUGGCUGACUGGCUUGCUACCCAACCGCAACUGCUGCUUACAGAUACCACCAUGCGUGAUGGGCAUCAGUCUUUGCUGGCCACUCGAAUGCGCUCACUUGACAUGGUGAAUGUCGCAGGCAGCCUAGCCCACAACCUGCCCCAGCUCUUUUCCAUUGAAUGCUGGGGUGGCGCCACCUUUGAUGUGGCCUACCGAUUUUUGCAGGAGUGUCCGUGGCAACGUCUGCGCGACCUUCGCGCAGCCAUGCCCAACGUGAUGACGCAGAUGCUGCUGCGCGCGUCCAAUGGCGUUGGCUACACCAAUUACCCCGAUAACGUGGUGCAGGAGUUUGUGCGCCAGGCCAGUGUCAGCGGCGUUGAUGUGUUCCGUGUUUUUGACAGCCUUAACUGGGUUGAAAAUAUGCGCGUGGCCAUGGACGCCGUGGGAAAACACAAGGUCUGCGAGGGCACCAUUUGCUACACCGGGGAUAUUUUGGACCCAGUGCGUGCUAAAUAUGACCUGAAGUACUACGUCAAGAUGGGCCAGGAUCUGCGUGGUGCCGGUGCGCAUAUCCUUGGCCUCAAAGAUAUGGCCGUGUUAAAGCCCGCAUCAGCCAGCAUCUUGGUCAAAGCGCUGAAGGAGGAGGUCGGCCUGCCAAUUCACUUUCAUACCCACGAUACUUCCGGAAUAGCAGGCGCUACCAUUUUAGCUGCCGCAAAGGCAGGCGUAGACGUGGCUGACUGCGCCAUGGACGCAUUCGCCGGCCACUUCACAACCAUGCCUGGCUCAAUUGUCGAAGCCCUGCGUCACACCGAUCGCGAUACGGGCCUCGAUAUCAACGCCAUCCGGGAUAUUUCCAACUAUUGGGAAGGCGUGCGCUCUCAGUACAGCGCAUUUGAAAGUGGCCUGCCUGCGCCCGCGUCCGAAGUAUAUCUGCAUGAAAUGCCAGGGGGUCAGUUCACCAACCUCAAAGCCCAGGCUCGUUCGUUGGGGCUGGAGGAUCGCUGGCAAACGGUGGCUCAAACCUACGCUGACGUCAAUCAGAUGUUUGGCGACAUCGUUAAGGUCACGCCCUCAUCGAAAGUGGUGGGCGAUAUGGCGCUGAUGAUGGUCAGUCAGGGCCUAACCCGGAUCAGGUAGAAGACCCGGCCACCGAUCUGGCGUUUCCCGACCGUGGUGGAUAUGAUGCGCGGCAAUCUGGGUCAACCACCCGGAGGCUUCCCCGAAGGCAUCCAAACCAAAGUCUUAAAAGACGAGAUUCCCAGCACCAGCCGCCCUGGCGCAAAUAUGCCCGCCGUCGAUCUUGUCGCAGUGCGAACCGAACUUUCACAGCAGGACGGAUUCGACGUUGAUGAUGAAGAUUUAAACGGCUACCUGAUGUACCCGAAAGUAUUCCUCGACUACAUGGGUCGGCACAGGGUCUAUGGUCCAGUCCGCACGCUGCCAACGCUGACAUUUUUCUACGGCAUGACUCCAGGCGAAGAAAUCUCGGUGGAAAUUGACCCGGGAAAAACUCUGGAGAUACGCCUGCAGGCUGUGGGCGAGACUAACGAAGCCGGCGAGGCCAAAGUCUUUUUCGAACACGGACAGCCUCGCUCAAUCCGAGUGACCGAUCGUAAAGCCACGGGCCAGCACGCUCGACGGCCAAAAGCCCAGGUGGGUAACCCUGCUCACGUUUCAGCGCCAAUGCCAGGGGUGAUCGCCAGCGUGCUGGUGGCCGCCGGUCAGUCGGUCAAAACCGGUGACCUGCUGCUGACAAUGGAAGCCAUGAAAAUGGAAACCGCCAUCCACGCAGAGCAAGAUGGCACGGUGAAGCUGAUCCAUACACCCACCGGCAGCCAGGUGGAUGCCAAAGACCUACUAUUGGAGUUGGAGUCGUAG